ACGAAAACGAAGAACAAGAAAGCUGAAGCACUCAUUGAAAGCUUUAGCAAGUAAGAGAAAAGAAUCUCGCACUUCAUUUCAAAUCAAAAUCAAUUUUUCAAUUCAAAUAAUUCAAGCUGUACUAUUCAGAUUCAUUUCCAAAAUCAAGUUCUAUUACUAAUAAUUUAAAUCUUACUUUUCUAGCAUUCCAACAUAUGCAUACACACGAUGUCUGUCCAGUUCCAAAACCCGUCACCAGCAGAUGGAACCAUCAAGAAAAGAAAAAGACAAAGUCUUGUCUGCGAGAAUUGCAAAAAGAAGAAGAUCCGUUGUGACAAAGGAGAACCAUGUAGCCAAUGUGUUCGGUCUAAACUCACGGACUCGUGCCACUAUUCAGCACCUGUAAGUUCACGCUUGGCUGCUAAUAGAGCUGCCGAAACAUCUUUGCCGUAUAUAUCUAGCGCUAAGACUCCUCUUGCUUUCGGAAAGAAAGUCGAGGACAUUGUAGUUCAACCUUUGAAGAAGAAGAAACUUGAAACUGAGUCCGAAGAAGACUACAAGGUUACAGUAUCAUUGUCUGAGUUGAAUAUGCUUAAGCAACGUCUUCAACAGAUUGAGUCUUCUAUCAAACAAGAAAAGCCUACGAGACUGAAUGGAGACAACCAUCUUUCCCAACAUGGUUCAUCUUCUGGUAUCGCAACAUCAACAAGAUCAAGCGAAUCUUUCUCAAGCGUAAGCUCAAUUUCAGUUAAUACUCCUCAGGUACCUACUCGUAAUGAGCCUAUACAGUUACCUCCGAUUCAAUUUAGAAACAGUUAUGAGUCUAAUACCAGUGGUAGCACGCGUUCACAUCCGACUAUGAGUAAUGAGAGUACAGGUGCAGCACCAACAACAGCAAAUUCCACUUCUAUAUUAUCAUCUGUGACGACUCCUUCAUCAAAAAAAUCUCUAUUUGGUUUGCAUCCGUAUGCUGAUGAAAAUGAAAGGAUCAACUUUUAUGCCGACUACACUUCCAUUCAUAUAAAAGAACCAGAAAGAAGAAUCAACUUUGGUCCCUUUGCUUGGUCGUCAUUGAUGAAGAAGGAUAAGGGAUUAAGUCUCUUAUGGGACUACAUCAUUAAGAAGAAGGAAGAAAAGUCCCAGACAGCCAUGAUUUUCACUCAGGUAUCCCACGAAUUGACCCAGGAAAAUACCAAUGUAGCCACCUCCCAAGAUGUAGGGGAAAGCGAAAAGUCGUUCAAGAGAAGAGCUCUAGAAGUUGACGGAUAUACUGAUAUGAUCCCUUACAACAGCAUCUUAAAAGCUAAAGUAGGAAAGAAUAUCCAAAAGACAAAGUUGAAUGAAAACACUUUGCCACUUGGAUUGACUUAUUAUGAUGGGCAAUUGAAUCGUGAAUUGCAACUCAUUGAAAAGAUACAUAUGAUUUUACCAACAAAGCUCGUUUUAUGGAAGUUGGUUAGACGGUUCUUUACCUGGUUGUAUCCUUUUAUGCCGUUUAUUGACGAGGAGUGUUUCAAGGAUAGCAUAACUAGUAUUAUCGGUCCAGUGUCGUAUGAAGAUGUUAAGAUCACAGAACUUAAGGUUGAAAAGAGAUUGGAUUUAGCCCAUAUUGGACUAUUGUUAGUUGUGUUAAGAUUGGCAUAUUUAUCGUUGUUCUGUAACAGUAGUGAGGUCAACGAAGCUAAUUUGAAGACAACUGAUCCAUCACCCAAAAAACAAGAAAUGAAGUACUUACUAAGCAGCCCAAUUGAUAUUAACACGGUUGAUAUAGCUCAAGAAUGCUUGGACCAAUUCAAUUUGCUACGUAAAACAUCUUUCAUUAUCUUUCAGUUGGGUUUCUAUAUUAGAUUGUAUCAUAUUUAUGCUCCCGAAGAUGGGGAUGGUGCCGAUGGUGGUGAUUCUCAAGUGUUGAACGCAAUUUUGAUUCAAAUGGCAUAUUCUCUAGGUUUGAACAGGGAGCCUGAUAACUUCAAGGAUAUCUUGAACAAUCCAAAAACAAAUAAUCUUGGAAGAAAAAUGUGGAAUUAUUUGUUACUUGGUGAUCUCCAUAUCUCUUACUCUAAUGGUAUGCCAAUGGUUACUGAUCCUAUCUAUUCUGAUACGAGAGCCCCAGUGUACGAGCCAGGAAGUGAAAAUAUAUCUGAUAUAACUUUGGAUAGAUAUGUCAGCGAUUGUUACUUCGAAUGUGGCCAAAUGAGUGGCUCGUUAAGAAAGGUGUUAAGAUUAGUUUUGAAUGUCCAAGAGGGAGCCAAUAUGGCAGACUUGUGCAAACUGUUGACUGAGUUUGAGUAUUUGAUAUCUGAGCAUUAUGGUACAUUGGAAGAAUGUUUGAAACCACUCGAAGAAAAUGAACAUUGGUUUGUAUUUACGAGAAAUUUUAGAACAAAGUUCUAUCUUGCCUUGAAGGCUUUCUACGUUUCGAUAUACUAUCAUUUUUAUCUUUACUAUGAAACAAAAGACAUCAAUCUUUCGUUUUUUUAUUUGAAAAAGAUGCUAAUCAUAGCAGCUUACGAUAUCAUGCCACACUACUUCGAUUUGUUGGGGGGUAGUGAAAUUAUUUGUGAUAUGAUCGUAAAUCCCACCCUUGAACAGAUCAUACACAAAUGUAACCAACUUACACUAGCAUUGAUUAUUCGUAUUAAUUUUGUCAUUUAUCAUAUGAAAAAUCAGACAGAUCACAAUAGCAAAUGUUUAUAUGAUAGCAAUUAUGCAACUUACUAUCGUGGCCUUUGCAGAUUUUCCUCUUGUCUUACGAGGAGUGCUGAAGUUUCGAUUGCAGCCAUUUCCAAAAUUAGUAAUAGGUACUACUAUGCCUGGAGGAUUACUAAGGGUCAUACUUAUUUGUUGAAGAAUAUCACGACCAUGGAAUUCUACGACGAGAACUACUCUCAGGCUGGUUCACUUUGUCUUCCUCGGUUUACUCUUGAUCAAAUUGAAGACAUGAUAAAUAUCUGCGAAGCAUCACUCAGUAAGCUUGGAAAGGUUGAUCUAGUUGGAAAUGAAUUCUGCAAUGACACCUCUAUUUCUUCGAUGACUAACAAUACGAGGCCAGUUGUUUCAAACGAGAGGACUUCUGCAGCAACAACAUCGGAUGUUCUACCUGAUUCAAAAGCAAACGCUGACACCAAAACAAAUGAUAUAAAUUUGGAAUUUGUGAAUAACAAAGAAAUUGAUAACUUAUGGUUCCAGAUGCUUUCGAUGAAAUACGACAACCAAGAAACAUCCCAGUUUUCCACCCAAGGCAAUGUCCCGGAGAAUAGGAAGCCUAGUUUCAGCUUUGGAGGGUUUUCUCCCGGCCCAAUGGGUGGCUUCAAAACCCCUAACCCAGAUAGUCCCAUGCGAAACAUGUACGGUUCUCCUAAACCUGAUGUUGCGCUUGGUGGUGAUAUCGACCGCUAUGGGUUCGACAUGGAGCAGGCUGCGCAAUUUGAUAUAUUCAGUGAGUUGCCCUUUGAUCAAGUGUUCAAGUAGAAGACAGUUAAAUAGUUUCACAUGACUGCAACAAAUAUAUUAAGUUUUAGAAAAG